AUCAUAGCUGCCGUCUAAUUAAACGGGUAUCAAGUUCCACACCAAUUAGGAGUUUCAAAGAAAUCAGAAUUUUUAAUUUGUUCUGAUUCAAAGGAACAAAAAGAAGAUGAAUAAAGCAAAAGAACAUAACCAACCCGUUUGCUUACCCAAUCCUCCUUUUUGUUUCAAAGAAUCUCCUCCCCCAAAAUCCUAAUCGAGAGAGAGAAAAAAUAGAUUGAAGAAGAUGGAUGGGUGCAAGUGUUUUUAUUGGAACACAAACUAUGAUGUCUAUACUACUCCUGAGCUACAACCUUUUACAUUACCAUCACCAAUUCCUCAAUGGCCUCAAGUGUUUAUCUUCGCAGGUCAAGGCUUCGGUACUGGAGUGAUAUGUCUGGGACAGCUUGAAGUUAUUCAGAUCACCAACUUUGAGAAUGUUUGGAGUUGCAAUUCGUCAAAGGAUAAGAAAAACUGUGCUACAUUUUACAAGCCUGUGGACAUACCAGAUGGAUUUUUCAGCCUUGGUCACUAUAGCCAAUCACAUGAUCAGCCGUUGCAUGGGUUUGUGCUUGUGGCAAGAGAAGUCAGUGCACUCAAAACUGGUAAGAAUUUCCACCAUGUGACUGAGUCACCAGCUCUUACAAAGCCCCUCGAUUAUACAUUAGCUUGUAGUACAGAUGACUGGGGAGAUGGUAACCAUUACGGUUGUGGUUACCUUUGGCUACCCCAACCAGCGGAGGGCUAUAAACCAAUGGGAUAUUUGGUCAGUAGUAGUCCAGAGAAACCUUCGCUUGAAGAAGUUAGAUGUGUCCGAGAAGAUCUUACAGAAAAAUGUGAGACCUGUAACUUGAUUCUUCACAUGGAUCUGAAAUCUGUUAAAUUUCCUUUUAGGGUUUGGGAAACAAGACCUUGCCGUCGAGGGAUGAUGGAGAAAGGUGUAUCUGUUGGGACUUUCUUCUGCAGCAGCUGCUGGUCUUCUGCAGAUGAAAUAGAUAUUGCUUGCUUGAAGAACCUCGAUCCCACUCUACAUGCUAUGCCAAAUAUAGAACAGGUGCAUGCACUUAUAAAACAUUAUGGGCCAACUGUUUUCUUUCAUCCAGAUGAGAUUUAUUUGCCUUCAUCUUUGUCGUGGUUUUUCAAAAACGGGGCUUUGUUGUAUAAGAAAGGGGAUUUAGUAGGUGUGUCUAUUGAUCCGAUGGGUUUAAACCUUCCUUGCGGAGGAUCAAAUGAUAAAGAGUAUUGGAUAGAUUUGCCUAAGGAUGGUAAUAGGAACUUUGUGAAGCUUGGGAACUUAGAGAGUGCAGAGCUAUAUGUUCAUGUGAAACCUGCUCUUGGAGGAACCUUCACUGAUAUUGUGAUGUGGGUAUUUUGUCCCUUCAAUGGGCCAGCUACUCUUAAGAUUGGAGUGUUGAAUGUUGCACUGAGUAAGGUAGGGGGACAUGUUUGUGAUUGGGAGCAUUAUACACUCCGAAUAAGCAACUUCACUGGAGAGCUUCGGAGUAUAUACUUCUCACAGCACAGUGGCGGAGAAUGGGUGAAUGCGUGCAACUUGGAGUUUAUCGAAGGAAAUAAGGCAAUUGUUUAUUCAUCAAAAAACGGGCAUGCAAGUUUUCCACACCCUGGGAACUUCUUGCAAGGAUCUCUUUGUAUUGGAGUGAGGAAUGAUGCUGCAAAGAGCAAAUUUGAUGUGGAUUCAAGCCUUAAAUAUGAAGUUGUUGCAGCUGAAUAUCUAGGAGACAACACGAUUGUUAGAGAACCAAAUUGGUUGCAGUAUAUGAGAGAGUGGGGACCCAAACUUGUUUAUGAUGGAAGGUCUGAGUUGGAUAAGUUAAUACAUCUUUUACCGAUUUUCAUCAGACAAUCAGUGGAAAAUCUUGUGAAUAAAUUUCCCGCAGAGCUGUGCGGCGAAGCAGGACCAACUGGACCGAAAGAGAAGAAUAAUUGGUUCGGGGAUGAAAGAUGGUAAGUCAGAUAUGUGCUCGUAGUAGUAGAAUAGAUAUUGUUCAAAUUUAGGGAAAUUAGGCUUUUCCCAGUUGUUUGAAAAUGAAAAUAACAUUCUUGUACUUGUAAGUUGUAAAUACAGUUGCAGCAUACAGCUUCCUGCAUGGGUCAUGGAACAUAUUUACCUUGAUCAUGAAUUUUAUUACAAAACCACACGUACAUUAAGGGAAAGAUU